CUAUAUAGUUGACAAAACAGUGCUAUUUGGCGAAUGCAACAUGAGGCUUUGGACAUUCCUGAUUGGUUUUCUAUGCUUUGCUGGUCUUGUUGUUUCACAGACAACCACACGAUGUGGAAAAGUUUGCAACAAGAUGUAUAGUCUAGUUUGUGCAGAGCAGCCCGAUGGAAAUGGUGGAACGGAAUACAAAAGAUUUUCAAAUCGAUGCGUAAUGGAAUCCGAAAACGAAUGCCAUAAUGGUAAAUGGCGUGAGACGAAUUUAAGUCUUUGUGGUUCAUCUACAGAAGAAUAAUACAUAUAAAAGAUUACUGGAUAUUGCAAUGAAGCCAUUAUGUUGAUUGUUAACAAUAAACGAUAUUAG